CGCCCAGAAGCAGCUCAGUCGCCGAGCGAACGAUGGCCGAGUGAGCGCGCCUAACGCGGCCCCCCAAAAACAAAACAAAAAAAAAAAACGUUCGUAGAAACGUCGUAUAUUAUAUAUUAUACCGAGCGCGCGCGUCUGUCCGUCUGUUCCGUCCGUCCGUCCGGCUGGCCGGCUGCCUUGUCGCGCCCUCCCCUCGCCGUCGCGCGCGCGAGAGUGUGUGAACCGCCUCCGCCCAUGGUGUUGUACCGCCGUCGUCGCCGUCGCCGCCGCCGUCGUCACACUCAGGUCGCAUUCGUUAAUUGAUUUUUUUUCUUUUCUCUUAUAUUAUUAUAAUAUUCGCUUUCGGGCGCGCACGCCGCCGAUCGAAAACAAUCAGUAGAAAAAAAAAACAAAAAAACAAAAACCUUCGCCGGGCCACGUGCAGAUAAUAUACACACCGCACGGUUGACAUAUACCAAAGUCGUCGUAUAUCAUAACGUCCGCGCGAUAACGGGUGCACUCGCGAGCGGCGUUCGCCCGAGAUGACCAUCACCGCCGCCGGAUGAACGGUGUCGCGGGCGGCGGACGCGCUCGAUCGUAACGCCAAACUAGUCGUAGGCGCUGCAGCCACCGACCGGCGAGCGCGACAUCGUCGUCGUACACAGUCGAUCGCGUAGAGACACAGCCCUGGAUUCCAAUUUUCAUGGCUUAAGUUUUAAGUGGCCUCGGAAAAUGUUGAGGAAUUGUUUUUUCGAUCAAAUGAACGGGUAACGAGUGUCCAAAACAAUGAGGGGGCGGGGCCAGAGACCGAUGGAGCCAGGGUAAGUGACGUAUUUACGCGACCCAGCCCCCCCGCCCCCAACAACAUGGAUAAAUCGGAUCGCAGACGCAGGCCUUUUGCCUUUGACAAGAUGGAGGGGCUGGUCAGAGAAAUGAAAGACGAAGAGACUGGGGUGCGUGUAAAAAGUCAAAAGUUAUUUCUCACUUCGAUCCCUUCUGCUUUUGCCGGUUAUAACAUAAUUGAAUGGCUAAUGGACCGUUUAACUGUCGACGAAACUGAAGCGGUCCAUAUAGCCAAUAUGUUAUGUCAAUACGGAUACUUCUUUCCCGUAAACGACUCAAAAACUCUUACUCUAAAAGAUGACAGUUCUCUGUACAGAUUCCAAAUUCCCUAUUAUUGGCCAUGUUCACAAAAGAAUCCCGAUAACGUAGAAUAUGCGAUAUACCUAUCAAAAAGACUGCUGAGAAACAAACAACGACAUGCCUUGGAAGAUUAUGAAAUGGACUCAUUGAACAGUCUGAAAAAAAAUCUACAAAACAAAUGGGAAUUUAUCACGAUGCAAGCUGAAGAACAAGUGCGGUUGAGUAAAGAUAGGAAAAAAGGGGAGAAAAUAGUGACUGAUAGUCAAGAAAGGGCAUUUUGGAGGGUACAUCGACCUCCUCCAGGAUGUGUCAGCGUUAUGGAACAAAUACCGAUAAAGAUUGGUGGCAGUUUUUCAACCAAAAAGAAAAGAAGUUCUGAAGAUCUCCGGAGAGAAGUCGAAUUGUUAAGAAAUUGUAUAGGGAGAACAAGAGUUAAAACGUCAGUAGCUUUGGACGGUCUAGUUUCAUUCGGUGAGACGUAUCAUGAAUUCGAUCCAUUACUCACAGGAGCUCAGCCAUCAAACCCUUGGGUAACGGACGACCCAACAUUUUGGACGUAUAAUUGCCCAAUGGUCGAAUCCAUAACCGAAAAGCGCGUAAAACGUUGGGCUCUAUCAAUGGAAGAUUUAGUGUCCGAUGCAACGGGUCUCUAUGAGUUUACAAAUUAUCUCCGGAAAGAAUACAGCCACGAAAACAUUAGAUUUUGGUUAGCAGUCAACGAUUUGAAACGAAGUUGUCAGUCACAAAUCCUGCAAAGAGUCAAAGAAAUAUAUGAUGAGUUUCUAGCGCCCGGUGCUCCAUGUGAAAUCAAUAUAGACGGCAAGACGAUGGAACGAACACAUAAAGAAAUGAAAAACCCGUCGAGAUUUACGUUUGACGGUGCUGCGGAACACGUGUAUACAUUACUCUUGAAAAAAGACUGUUAUCCUAGAUUCAUAAGGUCGGAGCAUUACAAAAACCUGCUCGCUAAUGGAGUCCAACCAUUGGCUAAACGAAGAUUUUUCGGGCUGGUCGGCGGCGCUGCCAACAAAAAGGCAGAUUGCAAAGAACGCGUAAGAAGCACUGCAGGGUGUUCGAGCACACAGGGUACGUCAUCGUCUUCGGUCUUACAAGCAAAUCAAUCGUCAUCGUGUAGCAGCGCAAAGCGAAGGGGCAGCGACAGGAGCCUGACUAGCUCACCACACGAGCUUCCAAUAAAUGCUGUUAAAGUCUCGCAAUCCCAUAGUCAAUCUAAUCUCAGUGACAUACCCUAUAGGGGAGAUUUACCUUGCACACCUUCCUCUCCAAGUUCCAACCAAGAUAACCUUAGCGGAGGCGCGGACGAGUGCGGCGGCGAACCGCUGCAGCAGCCACCCGCGAUGAUGGCGGACGACGUGUGUCCGUGGGACUUGGCGGCCGACGGCGGCGGUGACAAGAACAAGCGGCCGCUGCCGAUGUCCAUAGCCGAAGAACGCGAGCGCCGGAUGUCCACGUCGUCGUCGCGCAAAAACUCGGGCAGCGCGGCGUACGACUCGGCGGCGAGCGCGGACGAGAGCCAAUCCGACUCGGUGGCCAGCCGUCUGCGGCGGAGUUGCGGUCUGGGCGGCGGCGGCGGCGGUAGCGUGGACAGGCGCCGCGGGUCGUCGGCCGCGUGCACGCCGCAACAGACGGUCGACCGGCCGUCGGUGUCGUCGGCCGAGGACUUUGACAUCGGACCGUCGCCCGAGAGCAGGUCGCCCGAAAAGCAGCUGCCGACGUCGCCGCACGAGCCGGCCGGCACCGCUUCGCUGGACGACAAGUCCAACCGGAAGAAGCUGAUGAAGUCGCUGUCGUUGGCGAGGAAACAGAGCGUGACGCCCGUCAUUAACGUCAGCUCCGUGGACAGGGACAACGGGUGCGACCGAACCGCCGAGGACGUGCAGGUAGACGAAACGGCGGCCGCGGUAGCCGAGUGCGUCAUCUCGACCGGAAGUACGACGGUGCCCGGUAGCGGAGGCGGCCACACGCCCGGUAGCGGAGGCGGCCACACACCGGAACCCGUAGCCAGUUGCAGCGGAUCGGAAGCGGCCGCGACGACUGCGACUGCAGCCGCGUCCAUCAGCGACGGUAACGACGUGUGUCCGUGGGAAGACGAACACAACCAAGAUAAAGGCGGCCGAUUUUUAAAGGUAUACGAAACCUACGGUUUUCUGUGAAUACGUUCUCCGCCAACGCACAUUCCAAAUUCUAUUAUGUGUUGUGUAAAUAUAGGCAUACAUUAUACUACUUCACGUAUAUUAUAUACAUAUAUAGUAUAAAUAUAUAUAUAUAUUAUAUAAUAAUAGCGUUCUACCUUAAUAUAUAAAUUCUUAUAUUUAUUCAUCGCCAAACGAAUGUUAUUUUUUUUUAUAUUUAUUUAUGCGUGAUAAAAUAUGUAAAACUCAAUAAAAAUAAAACCCGGUCGAAUUUUUCAGACUCGGUCUGUACGUUCAAUGUUUGUUUAGUUUGUAAUAUUUAUUAUAUAUUAUAUUCCGACGAUAACUGUAAUUUUUAAAAUGUAAUAAUUAUUAAUUAUAAUAUUAAUACAAAUUAUGCGAUCGUAAAAGUAUUAAUAAUGCAAUAAGCAUUUUAUUAAAAUGCUAUACAAGAUAUGCCACGACGCGAAUAUAUAAGUGUAUAACACACAACCGAUAGUGAUUUAUUUGGUUUUUAUAUAUAUUAUAUAAUAUAACAAAAUAUGUACCUAUAUAUAAAUAUAUAAGUAACAGCUAUAACGUAUGUAUUUUAUAAUUAAGCCAAUAAUAAUUAGUUACGAAUUGUAUAUUAUCUAAUAAUUUUUUUUUUUAGUAUACUUUUUUCGAAAUAAACAAUUUUAUUGAUUUACUAAAUAAUAAACGAUUACGUGUACAGCAAUAUCACAAUUUAUUCUAAUAAAUUUAAUUCAAUUUUAUAAUACAGUAGGUUCUUAUUAUGUCAAACGUCUGUAGCUCGAACAUUUCGUGUUAUCUUAAAUUAAAUUGAAGUCUCUUUAAAAUUACCAUCACACUAAAAUACCAUUAUUACAAAACGUUAUUCUUUUUCCGUUCUGUUCUCUUUGACAUUUGACAUAAUGAGAGUUUACUAUAUUAGUGUAUUCAAUUAACGUAAUAUAUAAUAAUGUCAUCAAAUUUCAAUACAUUAUUUUCAAACAAUUUUAUCUGGUACUUGUUUGUAAUAAAUUCAUUUUUUUAUUCAUAAAUAACUAAAACUAGACAAUAUAAAAAUAAGAGUAAAAAAUGUUAAUCCCUAACCGAAAAUAACGAUGAUAUUUAUAUAAAGCACAUAAUUAUCAAUACAAGUAAUGAAAAAGUAACCAAUUAUGUUUAGUACCUAAUACCUAAUACGAUUAUAACCUUCACAAACGGUAUCGACUAUGCAUUUAUGAACCAUAAUACGAUAAUAUAAUGGACAAACAUAGAUAACGACCAAAUAAAAGUUUUAAAUUCUCAAACGUAGUCUAGCUAUAAUAAAACCAAAAACUAGGUACAGUUGAGGUUGAGUAUAGAGCCCUACUCAUUUCAACUCUACUUAGUUUUAUAUUAUAUCCACUUAUUUGACAAACUCAAACGCAAAAACGGUUUAAAUUUUAUAUUAUAACCAUGCUUUUCAUAUUAAAUUAUUGUAUUAUAAUCUUGGUGUUAUUAAAUGUUUUGUCACGUUUUACGAGAAAAAAAAUCAUGGGGAAUUAAAUUAUUAUAGAUAAACUAGAUUAUAUUUUACACUAAUCGCGAAACUCACCCAAUAUUAUAUUAUUAUACUCUCUUACACUAAGUUUUGGCUUAUAUUAUCCAAAGUGAUUUAUUAUAUUCUAUCUGAUAUACUUGAUAAUUAGAUUUUUAGAUUUAUAUUAUUAAUACUUUAACAAUUAAGCGUAUGUUAUUAUAUAUCAUAAUAAUCUACUUUUUAAUAUAUUAAUAAUAGAUAUAUCCAAAUAUUAACAUAUUAAUGUGUUAAUAAUACGAAUAUUUUGGAUCUACGUACAUUAUGUAUUUAAUUAAGUUAUAAGAAUUAAUAUUAAAUUAUAGGUAGUAAAUUAUUAUAUAGUAUUUGUGUUGGAGUUUGUCAAAAAAUAAACUAUUUCCAUAUAAAGUAAAUCAAACUUUAAUAUUUUUCCAUUACAAUAUAAAAUAAAACUUUUCUUGUACGAACUUAUUUUGUUACGAUUUCAUACAAUUACAUGUAUUUUAAACUAAUUUCUUAAAAAAAAAAAAAAAUGAAUUAUACAUUUGAGUACCAGAGUUAAGAUUUCAUGAAUUUGUGAAUAUAAUAAUCUGUAAAAAAAAAAUUGACUUAUUUAUUAAAUAUUUUGUUUACUAGUUAAACGGUUUUUAUUUAGUAAAUGUAAGUGCAAAUAUUUUAUUAAAUACUAUAAUUUAAGUUAAAAUUGUGAUAAAUUGUUUAUGGGAUUUUUAAAAUUUAUGUAAUAGUUCAUAGAAAUAAAUAACGCAUUUAUACCGAAUAAAAGAUAUUAUAUUAUAAAAUACAAAUUUUUGUAAUGCGCAUACCAAUGGUUUUAAAUGUAUUUGUAGACACAAAAUUGUGGUUGUUCAAUAAAUGUAAAUUUAAAACUUAAACAAAUCGUAAUAUGCACAAAUUACAUAGAUAUGUUACUUAGGUUGCAUAUCUUGAUAUAAUCGUCAAGUAUACAACGACGUUCUAUACGAAGUUUUAAAUAGCCUAUAUACUAUUUAGGAGAAAAUAUAUUUUAUUUUAGUUUACAUAAUAUUUAUUAAUGUCUUAAAUUUAGUUAAGAUAGUGAUCAUAGUUUGUAGGUAUAAUAACAUAUUGUACCUAUAAUUACCUUAUUAAAUAAAUUACAUAAUAUAUUGUGAA